AUGGCUCCUCUCGUCCCUCGUUUUCAUCUCUUCGAGAUUGAUGACCAGCCUUGGUUUCCCGCCUUCCUUCGCGCCCGCGUCCAAGAUGGCCUUACUCGUGCUUGGCUUUCCAACACGCCUAUUCAGUCACAAACUCCCGCGAGCCUCAGCGCCCAGGUUCUGAUCAAGGAGCUCGACACGUCUCUGUCCGAAUACACAUUUAUCGAUUUUUGUGCCGGUGGCGGUGGCCCUACACCAUCUAUAGCGAAGACAGUGAACGCACAUCUUCACUCUCGUGGAUCAGACCCUGCUCGCUUCAUCCUCACGGAUCUUCACCCUAAUGUCGAAGCCUGGGAACAGGUCGCCCAGAAGAACCCGCUACUGACGUACGAGCGGACCUCUGUCGAUGCGACGGCAGCCCCAAAGCAUCUUGCUAGGAGGGAGGAUGGAACAAAACCGUUUAGACUAUUCAAUUUGGCUUUCCACCACUUCGAUGACGACCUAGCUUCGGCCAUUCUACGCGACGCCGUUGAAACAAGCGAGGGACUGGCUAUUUUUGAGCUUCAAGACCGCUCUCUGGCAAGCGUGUUGGCAGUAACGUUUCUAGGCAUUGGCGCGUUCCUCAGUGCCCCAUUCUUCGCGCUUAAAUGGCGAUCACCUGUAACUUUCAUAUUCUCAUGGUUGAUCCCGAUCCUGCCUUUUGUUCUCACGUUUGACGGGUACAUCUCUGCGCUGCGAACACGGACACCAGAAGAAGUUGAGAGUCUGUUGCGGUCCUGCGGCGCCAAUACUAGCAAGUGGGAGGUCAAGAGUGGCAGUGAGAUGCAUCUCUGGCCUUGCGGAUAUGUCAAUUGGAUCGUCUGCAAACCUCGUAAAGUUUGA